UCAGACAAACAUCAAAUCAUGCAGAAGUCCAGUUUCAAGAGGCCCAAACUUUCCGUCGCUUCUCCGGCCAACCAUCACUCUUCUUCAGCGGCGCCGCAGACUUCAUCAACACAGCUACCGCGUCUCACUAACGAGCAAGAGAUCUCCGUCAUGGUCGCAGCUCUCACUAAUGUAAUCUCCGGCGAGAACUCAACGGCCUCUGACGGCUCGGAUAAUGCCCUCUUCUUUCCGCAAUACGCCACGAGCAACGUAAAUCCCCUUACGGUACUUCCACCUUCUGAUCUCGACAAAUGUCAAAUCUGCAGAAUCGACGGCUGCCUGGGCUGCAACUUUUUCCCGCCAAAUGAAGAAGAGAACAAUAAAUCGACUUCUCGAAAACGUCUGAAGAAGAACUACAGAGGAGUGAGGCAGAGGCCGUGGGGGAAAUGGGCCGCGGAAAUCAGGGACCCGAGGAGGGCUCAGCGGGUCUGGCUCGGGACAUUCAACACGGCGGAGGAGGCGGCUCGGGCCUACGAUCAGGCCGCAAUUGAUUUUCGAGGCCCAAGGGCGAAGCUCAAUUUUCCAUUCCCUGAUAGUACUGAACAGAGUCAACAACAACAGCAAGUACAAGAAAAUGCCACCAAUGACGAUAUUAAACAAGAAGAAAUGGAAUUCUGAGAAAAUUUGGAGAAGACGAAAUUCAACAGUGGAUGACAAUGACGGAUUUUGGCUGAUUCUCCAACUACUAGCUCAUAAUUAUUGAUCAAUAAAAAUAUAUAUUGCUGCUUAUCAAAAAAAAAAAUGAUUGAUCAAUAAAAUUCAUCAAAUUUUUUUGAAUCUUCACAUUGUUUGUGCAACUCUGCAUUUCUCAAUUACAAAGAUAUAUGUAAUUUUUUUCCCCUUGGCUUACACCUCGACAAGUGUAAGUUAGUUGGAAGUUGAUUAAAACA